UCAUGGAGGAAAUCUUUCUGGUUAAUGUUUUGCUUCCUGAUACCAGAUCAGAUGAUAUUAAAGCAGACCGGGAAACCCAGACAACCGCUGAGAAAAAUAUACGAAAAACUCUGAUUAAUCUUCCUGAUCUUUUUCUUACAUUCUCCAAUGGUGGAUAAAGAACCCUGACUAAUAUAAGGUCAAACAAGACUGAAGACAUUCAGACUAUUGUCUUGGAAAAGAUUCAUUUAAAACCCAAAUAUUAUGUUUAAAAUCCCAAAGGUUUAAAAAGUUUCGUCUUGAUCUUUGCUCCAGUGGGAUGUAAUUCCUCUGAGCUCCCUCCUCCCUCCCUGAGCCGAGACGACUCCCCGUCCUGCUGAUCACUUUACUUAAUGACACAGGACUUUGCACUUCUCUUCUUUCACGAGGAAGUCCAGGCGCAUGCUGCCCAGGAGCCAGAGGGAAAUAUGAACUGAACUGGGUUUCUUCUGAGGAACAUUAAACACUCGGGGAAAAAAAAACAGUCAGCUUCAAAGGCUGCCGUGGACAGGAUGUUCAGGGAAAACAGUCCCUUCAGCUAUGACACCAACAGCUACACGGGAUCGAUGAGGUCCAAUGGUUAUUCCACGAUGGACGAGACGUCAUCAGAAAUAUCGAAUCUGUCCAGGCCUAGUGCAAAGUCCAUUUAUUUACAGAGGAGGCAUUACGCAGCUGCAGUGAACAAAAUGAUGGAGAAAAACCAGUACAGGGUGGAGCACCUGUUCACCUGUGAUCUGGACGGGAAGGAUCUGAGGAACGCCAGGGACUGUGUGGAGCGCCUGAAGCUGCUGGACCAGAUGGGCCGAGUGUGGGGUCAGAACAUGAUGCUGGAGGUGCACGGGGCAAACCUGCUGCUCAGUGACAUUGAGACGAAGGAGGAGCUGGAGUCCAUUUCCCUCAGUGACAUCCUGGAGCUGGACGCCGUGCUGAACACUGAAGGCUUCAGCUCCCUCCUCAUCGUGUCGGUGCAGCUGCGCCGAAAACCCACCACCAUCUUCAUGUUCCAGUGCGAGGAAAUCCGGGCAGAUUAUGUGGAGAAGGAUCUAAAGCGAGCUCUAGAAAACAGGUUUGAGGCCUCAGACUACAGCAAUGGAAGAGAGCAGAGACAACAUGAAAAUGAUGAAUUUGAUGAGUUGAAGCUGGACGGACCUCCUGAUGAGGAUGAGUACGAAGAAAAACCUCCCAGUCGUCCGUCUACUAAACCGUACACAGAACUACAGAGGAAUGUGGACAUUUUAAAUCAUAUUUUAAAUGAUGUAGAGAUCUUCAUCGGGCAAAUAGCGGCUGUGGAUGCCAAAAAUCAAAAGAAAAACAAGAAAAAGAAAAAAGUUGUCAAAGGAAUGCCUUCUCCAGAGGAGUUUGCGGCAUGUCUCCGUAAAAUUAAAUAUGGUCUUAACCUUCUGGGAGAGCUCAACGGGAAGAUCAAUAAUCCCAGUGCGGCGGAUUUUGUGCACUCCCUCUUCUCUACAUUACAAUAUGUGAUUCCUCACUGUCCUGAGAAUCUGUCUCAGACCAUCAUCGCUCCCCUCUUCACGCCUCAGUGUAUCCGCUUCAUGAGUGAGGAGGCAACGCCAGAGGAGGACCAGCUGUGGCAGUCUCUGGGAGAUCCCUGGAACAUCCCGAGCACUCAGUGGCCUGAAGACGAUGAGGACAUCCCAACAUACACUCUGGAGUUCUAUGACGGCUGGCAGCCUCCUGAAGUCACAGAGGGAUCAGAACCUGAGAGCCGACAGGCCAGUCCAGAACCUCCACCCAGCCUCAAACCUUCACAUAAACCUAGCAGCAAAAACGAGGAGAUUCCCAGAAAUCACAAGCCGCAGUCGCAGCCGCAGCCGAAGCCGCAGUCGCAGCCGCAGCCGCAGCCGAAGCCACAGCCGCAGCUAAAGCCUCAGCCACGGCUGCAGCCGCCUCCACAAAAGCCUCGCCCAGUUGAGAUAAAAAUCUGUGACCUGCGUGUCAAGCACGAUUUCAUUUCCCGAAACUCCAGAGAGCUCACUGUCAGAAGAGGAGAAAUGGUGGAGCUGCUGGACAAGUCGAAGCAGUGGUGGAAGGUGAGGAACAGCAGAGGGGAGGAAGGUUAUGUUCCCAACAACGUCCUGGAGGAUGAAGAUGAGCAGCCCUAUGAGGCUGUGGCGUCUCCUGUCCUCACAAAGAAGUCCAAACCAGCAGAGGUAAAAGCCUGGUUAGAAGACAAAGGCUUCAGCCCAAUCACCGUGCGCUGUCUGGGCGUGCUCAGCGGCUCCAUGCUGCUGGGGAUGAGUCGCGAGGAGCUGAAGACGGUCUGUCAGGAGGAGGGAGGACGUGUCUUCUUCCAGCUGCAGGCGGUCCGCUCCGCUCUGGCUAAUAACAGUUAAAUAAACCUGGAUCAAGACCGAAGCUGCAGGACACCAUGAAGAGAACAUAACUUAAAGAGAAAUAUAUGUAUUAUUUAAACUAAAAAUGUCUGUCGCAACUUUAAAAGAAGUUUUUCUGUACAUAAAUCAGAGCAUCAGUGUAAAUAAAUACAAAAAAUACCACAAUUUAGAAUUUAACUGAUUUCUGCAACUGUGACAUAUACAGAUGUAUGUUAAUAAAAUGUUCGGACUCA